GCACAUUUCAGUAGCUGAGAUAUAAGUCUACAUUUAAUUAAUUUCUGAGUAAUUGUCAAUCAAACAAGUAAGAAAAUGGCUCAAACUAGCAUUGAUUCAUUGCCUGAAGAGAUCAUGAUCAAUAUAUUUGGCUACUUAAGUCCAAAAAUGCUUAAAAGAAGCUGUUGGGUUUCGAGGAGGUGGAAUCAAAUAAUAAAGGAUUCUAGAGAAUUUAAAGACAAGUUCCGUCUCACAUUGAAUGACUUUAAGGAACUGGAUGAGUACAGGAACGGUAAAUUUUCUCGAAAUUUUGAUUUAGUAAUAAUAAAUCCGAGAAACUCACAUGACUGUAUGAUUGAAGGCUUUAAGGAUGUCGUCAAUCCACAUACUUUAAAAACCUUAGAACUUGUUCGCUUUAAUAUGAAGCUAUCGGAAUUGGUUGAGUUACUCAAUUAUCUUCCAGAAUUAGAAGUUUUUGCCUUAAAAGCUGUAACUUUAGAUGGAUUUCCACGUGCAUUUACCAAGAAAGCAAAAGUCAAAAAGCUUAAGAAUUUAACCAUUUAUGGUGAAUGCUUUAUUUUGGAUAACUUUUUGAAGACAUUGGAUGUGAAUUCGUUGAAAGAGUUGUCUGUUGAUUUUUCAAGAGUUUCCGAUUAUUCAUGCGUUAAGCAGUUGAUCAAACUACUUGAGGAACAAAAAGAGUUAAAGAAUCUUACUAUAGGACCGUCAGCAACUUGGUUAUUUUAUCAAUUUACUGAAAUUUUCAACUUUAAGUUUCGACUGACGCAAUUCGUGAUGCAAGGAAAUAAAAUAGGAAACAUUAAUGCCUUUUUCCAGUUUUUGACGAUUCACAGUGAUACUUUGGAGAAAUUGAUUCUACAAUGCAUGCCACCAGAAUACGUUUUUGAGGUCUAUGAAUUCGUCUGGAAUAAAUUGCCUGUUUUAAAGCAUACAGACUUAAAUGCUAAGGAUUUUUAUCGCUACGAUUGGAUGCUUGACUCUCAUCCAGAAUUAUUAGCAAGAUACACAGAGAAGUUAUCAUCCAUUGAAUCAGUCGAUUUUCUGGGUGUUGUUGAUAAAAUGGAUAUCCGAAGUCGAUUCUUUAAACUCAUCCUAAGCAAGUUUUCAAAUGCAAAGUCCAUUGAUUUGAGUAAGAUUAAUGUUGAUAUAAGCUGGAAUACAAUCAUUCGGCAUAUUGGCAAGGAAAUGAAAAAUUUAACGGUUUUACGAAUGCCUGAAAAAUUUGAACAAAAAGUCUUGAAAAGUGUCCAUUUUCCAAAACUUACUGAAUUUACUUUGAGAAAAAUUGAAGACAUUGAACAAGUACGUCACUUUAUUAGACGUCAUUCGCAUAGUCUUGAGAAAGUAUCAUUUCAAUGGUCAGAAAUUGAUCUCAUUGGAACUAUUAUUGACGAAAUAAGAUACUGUAAAAAUAAUAAGCUUGUGACAAUUAGUGCUCAACCAAAAGAGGCUGCUCGUUUAUUUAACGUGCUUAAAACACGAGCUAGAGGAAACAAAGCAUGGAAUCUGAAAUUGGAAAUAUGUGAGCAUGUUAAAUACAUUUACAAUUACAAAUUUCCUGAUGAUGUUGCAUUUUGGAACGAACAUAAUAAUUAUUGGCAUGGAGGAUUUAAGGAAACAUGGAGUUUGUCUGUAGUUGCUGAUGAAGUUUCUCCUUUACACUUCAUGCCCAUUAAUUGCUUAAUGAUGUUUAGACAGUAAGGGGCCGUUCGCUUAUUACGUUCGCAU